AAAGCAAAGGGAAAACAUAGAAGAAGAGCAGAGAAACGGAGAAGAAAACAGAGGAGGCAGCAGAGCAAAAAGCAGGAAAGGAUUGGUUUGGAUUGGAUUGGUUAGAAAAUCGGGAUUCAACGGAUCGCACAGGAUGAACAACGGAUUCAGCACGGGCGAGGAGGACAGCCGGGGGCACACGGACCAAACCUGCUGCCUGAUCGACGACAUGGAGCGGUGUCGCAACCAAGCCGGCUACGCCAGCUACUCCAAGCGCAUCCAGAAGACGGUGGCCCAGAAGCGCCUCAAGCUCAGCAGCGACCCAGCCGCGCAGCACAUCUACAUCUGCGACCACCACAAGGAGCGCAUCCAGUCGGUGCGCACCAAGCGGCGUCGCAAGGACAGCGAGGACGACAGCAAUGAGACGGACACGGACCUGCACGAGUUCCCCGAUCUCUACCAGCUGGGCGUCAGCACGCUGCGACGCUACAAGCGGCACUUCAAGGUCCAGACGAGGCAGGGCAUGAAGCGGGCGCAGCUGGCGGAUACCAUUAUGAAGCACUUCAAGACAAUACCCAUCAAGGAGAAGGAGAUCAUCACGUUCUUCGUGUACAUGGUGAAGAUGGGCUCGAAUAAGCUGGAUCAGAAGAAUGGCCUUGGCAACGACACCACCUGAAGGCGCGUUGGCGGGCGGAGGGAGGAGGAGGACGCCGACGACGUCUACUCCUUCUGACGCUGGCCAACCGCCAAUUAACACUUCUCACAUUGUUGCUGCAUUUGCUGAACGUCGGCAUUGUUCACCCGAAUAAGGAAAUACGAAAAUACUGAUAGCAAAAUGUCCUUCUCAUCUGUAACCCCAAACCUACACCUACCACCACUGCCCGAACUCCUUUUCCCAGCUCCCCGGCAUGCAAUUAUUAUUGAAAGGAAAAAUGCAAUGAAAGAACGUAAGGAAAAAGGCAACUGGUGCUCCCAAAAAAUAGUAUAUCGCGAUAAAACGUAAACUUAAUUUUAAAGAAAAAAAAUUUACAAACCUAUUUGUAGCCUUGGUCCGUUGUUAAUAGCUCUAUAUAUACACAUUACAUUAAAUAAACUAUGUAAAUUUACAAGAGAAUUAACGGAGAACACGCCACACUAAUUCAAAUAGCAAUUCGUACUCUUAGGCUUAAAGACAUGGCGACGCGAAUGUUGUUCAUUUAAUCGUUUGUAUUAUAAAUCAAGUUAAGUGGGGAUGGCUAGAAAACAGUAAACAAAACAAAACAAGACAAGACACCAAUAAACCUUAAAUAAAUCGAAGCACAAUUAGACUACAAUAAAAGUAAAACGAAACGGAAAACAACACAAUAUCGCUGUAAGAGAGUAAAUGAAAUAACUUGCAAUAUUUAAACUUAAACAUCAUCUCGUUUGCCCCAGCGGGUUGGAAAUAUAUUUAGCGCUCUAGUUUAAGCCUAACUAAGACGAACAUCGGUUCCAUACAUCAAUUGGAAUUCCGCAUUAAACGAUUUCUGUUAAAGCCUAGACUGAUUUUAGCCAUACAUUUAAGCCUAAAUAAAACUUAAUAGAAAGCA